CUGUAGCUAGUGCACUGAUAUGAUAGUCAUAGCAACUCAACCUCAGGGAAAUGGAUUCUCUAAGGAAAGAUAUGCUGUCUCUUGCAGCUAUUGUGCUGUUCUUUCUGGCGUUUGGAGGAGCUUCAGCAGCUAAUGUGGAACAAGAUCGUCUUGCUCCAUAUAUCGGCACUAUGAAAGGCAGUCACCUUUUGAACAAGCCUGAGGAAGCAUCUCUUAUCAAUGAUGCUACUACUAGAAGCAGACGUGAUGUGUUGAGACCUAUCAAAAAGUUGCUUGGAUUGAUACCAAAAGAUGAUUUGAAAGCAGAAGAGAAAAAAGUGGAGAAAGAAAUUGCUGUUGUAGAGACGGCAGAAGAGAUGCUUGAGUCUGAUUUAAACCGCAUGAAGCAUUCUAAGCACAACUCUGCCGAUCGUGAGAAAAUUAAAAUUGAAGUAGAUGCCUUGAAAAAACUUGAUACUGAUCUGGUGAAACGAAAUGAACUAAUUCAAGACACAAUUGAGAAUGAUGAUCAAUAUGAGAACAUGGAGAAUGAAAACAUGCAGAAUGAAAACAUGGAGAAUGAAAACAUGGAGAAUGAAAACAUGGAGAAUGAAAAUAUUGAUACAGAGUACAAUUAUGAAGGGAGGUUUGAACAAAGCGAUUCUGAAGAAUAUUCUCUCAGUUCAAGAGGUGAAAUGGAUAAUAGCAUGAGCAGAAGUGAUGAAGACAGCAGCAAUAGUGAUGACAGUGAGUAUGACGAUGAAAGUGACUAUGACGAUGAAAGUGACUAUGACGAUGAUGAUGACGAGGAUGAGUAUGAGGAUGAUGAGGAUGAUGAGUACGAGGAUGAAUCUGAUGACAGUGAUUAUGAAAUGAGUAUGAGUGACUAUGAUGAUUCAACUGAUCGCAAGAAACGAGCGGACGAUGGGACGAAAAAGAAGAAGAAAAAUCAUUGUCGCAAAUGGUACAGGAUAAAUAGGAAGAAACUGAUGGAAGAAGAGAACCAGAAGAAAAUGGCAGAAACGGAAGCAAAGAUAGAAAAAGAAAAUAAAAAGAAAUUGAUGGAAAAGGAAAACAAGAAAAACUUGAUGAUGGACAACAAAAAGAAGAUAGAAAAGGAGAAUAAGAAAAAGAUAGAAAAAGAAAACAAGAAGAAAAUUAUAGAAAAAGAAGAAAAGAAGAAAACGAAAGUUAAGGAACACAAGAAAAACAAGGAAAAGAUAGAAAAGGAAGACAAAAAGAAGACAGAGAUAGAAAAGGAAGACAAGAAGAAGGCACACCACCACGUGCACAGUGAUUCAAUAUCCCUAUCAUCUGAUAAAAAAUGUAUGUUGACACUUGAUGUCGUAGCAUCUUUGUACAAACCUUCUUCAGACAAAAUGAAAGUUCACAGUCGACGUAAACAGCGAGAGGCAGAUACAGUACGUAUGAACAUUAGAUCUCUGAUAGGGAGAAUAUUGGCUGGAGUGCGCAAGGCUGAGAAGGGGGAGGGGCUGAGCCUAUCAGAGGCACGUGAUUUGCAAAAAGACGUUUGGAGUUUGGAACAGAAGGAGAAUGAAAUCAUAAACGACUUGAUGGCCGUCGCUAAUGGAGGAAAGCAACUGGACGAGCUAGAGAUGAGAGUGGCUGUAGUCCAGUUACUGGAGGAGCUCGACUCUAAACUAGAGCGAAGGAUAUCUGAGCAGAAACUACAUCGAGUAUCUAGAAGUGUAGCUCAACCUAAAACUCUAACCAAACGAACUGCCACUUGGGUGAGUGCUCUCAUGAAUCAACAGGAUGUGGAGGUGAUGCCAGUGGAGACUCCAGCCGAUAAUGGGAAGACCUACCAUCAUCGCAACGGACAGAAGACUGAUCGUGAGAAACGAAAGACUCACAAACAUCACAAGACACACAAGCACAAACCUCACACAAGUACAACUCCUGCAGGACAAAAGGACCUGAGCAGGUGUGCUCGGUGUGAGGAGAUGGUGGGAGAGGAGGUGUGUGGAGGGAAUGGCAAGAACUACAACAGCCUCUGCCAUGCUGUCAACUGUGGGGGACUCCUAGUGGAUGAUAUUAGAGUGGGACCUUGCCGUGUGGAUGAUGUGUGUGCUGGUGUUGAGUGUAAGGAUGGUGAGUGUGUCCCCCUCACAAAUGGCGUCUGUCUCUCUCUAUACUCUGCACGCAAGAGACUAUCCUGCAGGCAGUACAUGUGUGUAUCUGAGGGUGCGUGUACAUCAGAUGUCCAUUCCCACGUGUGUGGUGUUAAUGGCAAGACCUAUCCGUCCCUGUGCUACCUCCACAAGGCUGAGGUACAGCUUGCCUACUCUGGUGUCUGCAGACCAGGGUUGUGCAGAGGGAGUGUGUGCGGUCGCGAUGGAGUCACUUACACAUCUGUCUGCCAUGCACGAGCUAGUGGCAUGAGAGCAGACUAUCCUGGAGACUGCUUUGCAGAGAGUAAGUACUCCAAGGUCCAUGGCUGUGCUGAUAUAAUGACAGCUGGUCGCUGCCCCAAACUACCGUGUGAUCGUCCUGUGCGUCCUAAAGACUCCUGCUGUCCCCUCUGUGGAGGUGCGCUGGUGGUCCACCCUGACACUCAAGCUAUGGCCGCUCUUAUCUCCACAUGGAAGGAUAUCAACCACAUGUACAUUAUUGAGAACUUUCUACGCAAACUACUAUCUCCUAAAGCUUCUAAAAACUGUGAACUAUCCGCUACACUCACCAACACUGGCAAUAUAUCCGUGGUCCUCGAAUCUUUGAAAGGUGGUGAUUAUUCUAUUUGCACAGCGAGUGCUAAGCAACUAGCUAAAGAGAUUAACGGACAUUAUCCUGCUCUGGAGGAUAGCAUGCUACGACCAAUGGCUAAGACGGCAGCUUUGUUGGGAGCUUUGAAUCCACUGGAGCAAGCCACUAACUGGUUGCAAGAUACUCAAGCCAGUAUAGUGGGUGGUGUCCAAGGAACGGUCAGAGAUGGUGUUAAGUACGCUGACCAACAAACCUCAGAUCUAGAAGACGAGCAUCUCUAUGGCAACAGUGGUAGCCUACCUACGUAUACUGGUAACAAACUAUUCAAUAUUGUACUAGCCUCAGGUAUCAUUGUCAUGUACCUUGUUUAGUCUCACAGAAAAACAACAACUUUAUCUCAUGUAAUUAUUAAUUAUUCUGCAUUGUACAUAAUUAGUAUGCAACAAAACAUUAUUAUUAUGAAAUUGAAAUUAUUAUGACUAUGAUAAUUAUGUUUGGG